GCGCUGCUCUGGGCCCUGGGGCUCCUGGGCGCCAGCAGCCCUCUGCCCUCCCGGCCGCUCCCAGAUACAGGUGGCGCUGAGGAGGAGCAGACCAGGCCAGCGAGGGCCCUGAGCGGGCCUUCGGAGGCCCAGGCCCUUCAGGACGGCCUGACGCUCAGCCUAACAGAGGUGCUUCAGACCAAUGUGCCCGAGACUUUGCGGAUCAAAGUGGAGUUGGAUGGUGAGAGUCACAUCCUGGAGCUGCUACGGAACGGGGAGCUCGUCCCAGGCCGCCCAGCCCUGGUGUGGUACCAGCCUGAUGGCACCCGCAUGGUCAGUGAGGGCCACACCCUGGAGGACUGCUGCCACCAGGGAGCCGUGCAGGGCCACGCGGACUCCUGGGCCUCGGUCUGCACCUGCUCCGGCCUCAGGGGCUUGGUGAUCCUGUCCCCAGAGAAAAGCUACGCCCUGGAGCUGGGGCCUGGGCACCUUCGGGGUCCUCCCACCAUCUCGGUCUCCCGGAUCCAAGACCUCCUUCCGCCAGUCUACGCGUGCGCCCUGAGCCGGCGGGAAUCGGCGCCCCCCCAGGCUCCACCAGAGCACCCGCUGGGACAGCGACACGGUGGCCGGUGGAGGCGGGACGUGGUGACAGAGACCAAGAUUAUCGAGCUGGUAAUUGUGGCUGAUCACUCGGAGGUCCAGCGGUACCCGGACUUACAGCACCUGGUGAACCGCACGCUGGAGGUGGCCCUCCUCUUGGACACAUUCUUCCGGCCCUUGAACGUGCGUGUGGCGCUGGUGGGCCUGGAGGCUUGGACCCAGCACGACCAGAUCGAGAUGAGCCGAGACCCAGGUGUCACGUUGCACAACUUCCUCCGCUGGCGCCGGGCCAACCUGCUGCCUCGUUUGCCCCACGACAGUGCCCAGCUGGUGACUGCUACUUCGUUCUCUGGGCCCGCGGUGGGCAUGGCCAUCCAGAACUCCAUCUGCUCUCCCGACUACUCAGGAGGUGUGAACAUGGACCACUCCACGAGCAUCCUGGGAGUCGCCUCCUCCAUCGCCCAUGAGUUGGGCCACAGCCUGGGCCUGGACCACGACUCGCCUGGGAACCGCUGCCCCUGUCCAGGUCCAGCCCCAGCCAAGAGCUGCAUUAUGGACGGCUCCACAGACUUCCUGCCAGGCCUCAACUUCAGCAACUGCAGCCGACAGGCCCUGGAGAAAGCCCUCCUGGGUGGGAUGGGCAGCUGCCUCUUUGAACGGCUGCCCGACCUGCCCUCCAAGGCCACUAUCUUCAGAAACGUGAUCGCGGAGCCGGGCAAGCCUUCGGCGUGUGGCUUCCCAGAGGACUGCACAGAUCCUUGCUGCGAUCGCUUCUCCUGCCAGCUGCGGCCAGGGGCGCAGUGUGCAUCCGAUGGACCCUGUUGCCAAAACUGCCAGCUGCGCCCGGCUGGCUGGGAGUGUCGCCCGGCCAGAGGUGACUGUGACUUGCCCGAGUUCUGCUCGGGAGACAGCUCCCAGUGCCCCGCGGAUGUCAGUCUAGGGGAUGGCGAGCUGUGUGCUGGCGGACAGGCUGUGUGCGUGCAAGGGCGUUGCGCCUCCUAUGCCCAGCAGUGCCAGGCUCUCUGGGGACCUGGGGCCCAGCCCGCCACACCGCUCUGCCUCCUCACUGCCAAUACUCAAGGGGACGCCUUCGGGAGCUGUGGGCGCAGCCCUACUGGCAGCUAUGUGUCCUGUGCCCCGAGAGAUGCCAUUUGUGGGCAGCUCCAGUGCCAGGGGGGCACAGCCCAGCCUCUGCUGGGCUCAGUCCGGGGUCUGCACUGGGAGACACUGGAAGCCAACGGGACCCAGGUCAAUUGCAGCUGGGUACACCUGGACCUGGGCAGUGACGUGGCCCAGCCCCUCCUGACUCUGCCCGGCACACCCUGCGGCCCUGGCCUGGUGUGCAUCGACCAUCGGUGCCAGUCUGUGGGUCUCCUGGGAGCACAGGAGUGUCGAAGCAAAUGCCACGGGCAUGGGGUCUGCGACAGUGACCAGCACUGCCACUGUGAGGAGGGCUGGGCACCCCCCGACUGCAGCGCCCAGGUCACAGCCACCAGCCCCCUGGCCACAGGGCUGCCCGUCGGGCUCCUGUUGUUGCUGAUUCUCGUGCUGCUCGGUGCCAGCUACUGGCACCGUGCCCGCCUACGCCAGCGACUCUGCCAGCUCAAGGGACCCAGCUGCCAAUACAGGGCAGCCCAGUCUGGUCCCCCAGAACGCCCGGGACCCCCGCAGAGGGUCCUGCUGAUGCCAGGUGCCAAGGCUAGUGCUCUUGGCUUUCCGGCACCCCCCUCCAGGCCGCUGCCUCCUGACCCUGUGCCCAAGAGACUCCAGGCUGAGCUGGCUGACCGGCCCAAUCCCCCCACCCACCCUCUGCCCGCUGACCCGGUGGUGAGGCACCCAAAGUCUCAAGGGCCUGCCAAGCCCCCACCCCCAAGGAAACCACUGCCUGCGGACCCGCAGGGCCCGCGCCCUUCAAGUGACCUGCCUGGCCCAGGAGCUGGAAUCCCGCCGCUAAUGGUCCCCUCCAGGCCUGCGCCUCCGCCCCCAGCCGCGUCUUCGCUCUACCUCUGACCUCUCCUGAGGUUCCGCUGCCUCCAACCCGGACUUAAAACUUAAAGAGGCAGCGGACCGGCCCCCUGAAGUCCCCCGCGAUGACAGAAGGAACCCGAGCCUGGAAGCAACGGAGCCAGUGUCUCAAGACGGCGGGUACCGCCAUGAGCCGUGGAGCAUCACCCUAGGGACCCGCCCACGGAGUUGCAGCUGGGAGUUGGGGAGGGGCUGGGUGCCGGACCCGGCCGAGGGAGGGGUGCAUAGCCUUUCUCUGCUCUGUUGCAAUAAACGAGAGAUCUUGGGAGCGCG